UUAGCCCAAUUUGACUCUCCGGCCCGUUCUGCCGGCCGCCCUGUUAGGCUGGCCAGGCUCCCAGCUCUCCCUGGCCGAGGCUUUCGCCUCAUCACAACUCAUCUUAGCCUCAGUUGUAUCCAACACUUGGCCAUUCGUCUAGAUUAUAUUGAUAUUCUUGCAUGGAAGUGGGGAGUGAGGGUAAAUGCGGCUAAAGGUGUACUCGUUCAAAGGUUACCUCUUUUUCUGCAUACACUCGGCUCGACCGAGACCCUCCACACCGUCUGUUUCACUCUCGGGCUAUCAUUAAUUAAUGAGCUAGAGCCUCGGUCGUCCAACCCACCUCUUUAUCUUCUACCGGCCUGGAACAUUUGGGUUUCCCAAAAACACUACCACUUUGGGCGCACUUGCACAACUCUCGCCGGCCCGGGACACACCAACCGGAAGCUGGGCUGGACGACAGAAGAAUACCGGCAUCGCACCACAUGCCCACACACGAGCAUACAGACGAUGUGGUCGUUUUCCGACAGAGAAUCAGUGACUAGACGGACGGACGGACGGACGAACGGAUUGCAUACGAGUAAGAUAAGGGCGGCGGAAACAUCGUGA